CUUUCAGAAAGUUGGGAUAAUAUUCUUCAGCAAAAAUCUAGCGGAGAUCAGUUAAUGGAUAUAAAGGAGCCAGGAAGUACAGCAUCCAGCAAGGAGGCACUCAGUAAAUGGACCUUAUCCUCACCAAGUUGGCUACCCUCUCUGUGUGGCAACUUCCUCACCUCAUCCCAGCUCACUCCCACAGAAACCCAGGAGCACCAAGAGUGGGGCUAGCUCUGCGAAAAAUGGGUGCAAUAGCUAAACCGGACUGUAUCAUCACUUCCGACGGCAAAAACCUCACCAUAAAAACUGAGACCGCUUUGAAAACAACACAGUUUUCCUGCCUCCUGGGAGAGAAUUUUGAAGAGACUACAGCUGAUGGCAGAAAAACUCAGACUGUCUGCAACUUUAUAGAUGGCGCAUUGGUUCAACGUCAGGAAUGGGAUGGAAAGGAAAGCAUAAUAACAAGAAAAGUGGAAGACGGAAAAUUAGUGGUGGUAUGUGUCAUGAACAAUGUCACCUGUACUCGGGUCUAUGAAAAAGUAGAGUAAAACUUUCAUCAUCAUUUUGGAUAGGAAGCUGAGAGGAUGAACAAGCUCAGUUCAAUGAGCAAAUCUCCAUACUGCUUUUUUUUUUUUUCAUUACUGUGUUCAAUUUUCUUUAUCACAAACAUUUUACUUUAACUAUUUCAAAGUGUUGGUUUAAUUAGGAUCAUCUCUUUGGUUAGUAAAUAAAUCUGUUUGUGCUAUA